CAGAGUGAAGUCCCGCCGAAGUCUGCGCUCCGCAAACAGCGACCAACCAGCGGCUCAGCAGCACCAGCUCGCGGGACCCAGACCGGGGACCAGGACCAAGACCGGGACCAAAACCCAGACCGGGACCAAAUCCAAGACCGGGACUCGACUCUGGACAUGAAACUCCGCUCCGAGGAAAUGAAUGAGGAGUGAGGGCGCAGAGCGAAGUCGACGGAGUGGAGAGGAAGUUAUGAGCCGAAUUGCGACGAAUUACCGGGGAAGGUGUCCGUGAGCGGAGGAAGCCGACUGAAGGGGGAGGGAAGGAAGGGAGGCAAGGAGGAGGAGGAGAGGGGGGAGACACAACGAAGUCACAAGUGCGGUCCGAGCCUGCAGGCAGAGCGCCGGCAUGGCCGACGUGCUGGAGAGCGCCGGCGGGUCCCGGGAUGUCAGCGUGGCCAGCGUGGAUUGGCAGAAGCGCUGCAUCGCCCUGGAGACGCAGCUGCUGAAGUUCCGGCUCCAGGCCGGAAAAAUCCGAGAACUACUGGCAGAGAAGAUGCAGGAGCUGGAGCAGAGGGUGACGGAGGCCGACCAGCGGGCGGAGAGUGCAGAGAAACAGAUCCACGUCAUGGAAGAAAAGCUGAAGUCUGCAAACAUACAAACCAGCGAAACGGAGAGCUCGUCCUACAGGAGGUAUCAAGACCUGACCAAUCGGGUUCAAGAAAAAGAUGCUGUGAUAAAGAGAUUAGAGGUGCAGCUGGAAAAACAGAUCUUCGUCAGAGCCCAGGAGGCUAAAAUUAUUGAGGAGAAGGCAGCCAAGAUUAAAGAUUGGGUCACUUUUAAGCUUAAAGAGAUGGAGCAGGAAAACCAGCUGCUGAAAAUGGCCAAUUUGAAGCAGACAGAACAGAUUAUGUUGCUGCAGGACAAACUACAAGCCCUCUUAGAGAAACCUGCGUCCUCUGGAUCUCCUGCCACCUCCCCAAUGAUGGAUACACACCUAGUGCCCAGCAGUCCGCUGUUUCCUCCCAGCUGCCCCGGCACUCCACCUGCCCAGGAUGACAGCUGGAGGCAGGCGGGGGCUAGAGGGGCCGCUUGUAAUAGCAAGACAGAUGUGAAAAGGGCCCCCGAACAGUCCAGUAAGGGGAUUUCUCUUGGAGACCUGAGAGCCCAUGAUGUUCUCUCUCAGGGUCGGAGCAGGGAGGGACCCAGCUGCCCAGUUCCCAUAAGUGGACCAGAGCUCCCAGUGGCGCUGGCAGGGUGCUCCGACAACUCCUCCGAUGAGCUCAGCAGCAAGUUCCGCUCCCAGUGCCUCCACUCGUCCUCCUCCUCUUCCUCUUCCUCCUCGGCCUACGAGAUGGCCCAAGGGCCGAGCCCCCUGGAGUCGCCAGUCCUCAGGAUAACACCCAAAAGUCCGCUCCUGUCGCGCUCCCCCUCCACUAACAACCCUUUCCCCAACGCUCCAGUCCACCAGUCGGGCGCCAGCAUGACGCUCCCCAAAGUACGGACUCCGCUCACCCCCCGAGACAGCAUCCAGCUGGUCAAGAAGCACUACAGCCAGCCGCAGCCCAGCCUGGACCGACUGCACCACCUCAACGUUAACAUCGACAUCAUGACCCCGUCCUCCGCUUCCUCCCCGCUCAAGAGCGCGGGCGCGGCCAGCUCGCCCUUCUCGCAGGUUGUGGAGGAAACGGACAUUGACGACGGGCUUCCCGUCGGCAUGGACGGCGUGGUGGAGGGGUCGGGGGCGGAGGAGCCGCGACGCAACGGAGUCUCCUUUGUGGGACUCCCAGAGGAGCAGGAGCAGCCCGAUCCGCCGCCAACGCCCCCCUUACACCGCUUCCCUUCAUGGGAGAGUCGGAUCUACGCUGUGGCAAAGUCAGGAAUGAGAGUAUCGGAGGCCUGUCCUGGAGCCAGGGGCCCCGGACGAGGGUCGAACUUACCCCAAUACCCAGCGGCAGGUCCGUUCUCCCAGUUGAUCUAUAAGAAUAUCAAUGUACCAGUCUAUACCACACUCAAAGGGAAAGCCACUCAGAUCAGCAGUGUGCCUCUCCUUGAUGACGACUCCGGGUCUGAGGACGACAGCAGCUCUCUGGCCAGUUUACGGACCUCCAUCCUGUUGCCGGACAAGAAGGGCAGCGUCCCCGGGAGCCCGCGUGCCGCCAAGAGGGGCGUGUCCAUGUCAUCCAUCAGCUCAGAGAGUGAUUAUGCCAUUCCUCCUGACGCCUACUCCCUGGACAGCGACUACUCUGAACCAGAACAUAAAGUCCAGCGCACCUCCUCCUAUUCCUGCGAGAGCACGGGGCCUGAGAUGCUGGAGAAGUCGGGGUACCUGCUGAAGAUGGGCAGUCAGGUGAAAGCCUGGAAGCGCCGCUGGUUUAUCCUGAGGAAUGGAGAGAUCCUCUACUACAAAUCUCCCAGUGAUGUGAUCAGGAAACCUCAGGGUGAGAUUGAGCUGAACUCUUCCUGCCGCAUAGUUCGUGGAGAGGGAGCACAGACCUUUCAACUGAUUACAGAGAAGAAGACCUUCUAUCUGACCGCCGACUCUCCCAACAUCCUGGAGGAGUGGAUCAGGGUUCUGCAGAACAUACUCAAGGUCCAGGCCAGUAGCCCGGUUACCAUGGAGACCACCGCCAAGCCCACCGUGAGGGGUUGGCUUACUAAGGUCAAACAUGGACACUCUAAGCUGGUGUGGUGUUCCCUUGUUGGAAAAGUGUUGUCCUACUAUCGUAAUCAGGAAGACAAGUUGCCUCUGGGUCAGCUGAAGAUGCGCGAGGCCUCUGUGAAGGAAGUGGAUCGUUCCUGCGAUUCAGAUGAGGACUACGAGGCAGGCAGUCGAGGUUUCCUCUCCUCCCACUGCACCCUGGUGGUCCAACCAAGAGACCAGAGUCCGACCUACAUGCUCAUUGGCACCAAGCAGGAGAAGGAUGCGUGGCUGUAUCACCUGACUGUGGCAGCGGGCAGCUGUGCGACCUUCAGAGUGGGCACAGAGAGCGAGCAGCUCAUUGGUAAACUCCUGGAUGCAGAGGGAGACCCAGAAUCUGCUUUGUGGAGGAGCGGGGCCUUGAGCUUCUGCAAGGAGGGUCUGCGUUCGCCUCUCACCACUCUGCCCUCCGAAGCUCUGCAGACCGAAGCUAUCAAGCUCUUCAAGUCCUGUCAGCUCUUCAUCAACGUGCUGGUGGAGUCCCCGUCUGUCGACUACCACACCUCGCUGGCCCAGAAUGCUUUGCAAGUGUGCCUGACCCACCCGGAGCUGCAGAACGAGGUGUACUGUCAGCUGAUCAAGCAGACCAACCGCCGAACGCCACACAACUACUCCCUCACGCAGUGCUGGCAGCUGUUGUCUCUGUGUGUGGCUCUGUUCCUUCCUCAACAACAUUUCCUUUGGUAUCUAAGACAGUACCUGCAACGCAAUGCUGACCCCAGGAGUGAGGUGGGGAAGUAUGCAGUGUACUGCGAGAGGUCUGUGCAGCGAACGCUGCAGAACGGAGAGCGGGAGGCCAAGCCGUCCCGUAUGGAGAUCGUCUCCAUCCUGCUGAGGAACCCCUACCACCAUUCCCUGCCAUUCAGCAUCCCUGUGCACUUCAUGAACAACACCUACCAGGUGGUGGGUUUCGACGGCUCCACCACGGUGGAGGAGUUCCUCAAUACGCUGAAUCAGAGGAUCGGCCUGAGGAAGCCUCAGCUCUCUGGGUUUGCUCUCUUCACUGACGACCCGUCUGGCAAGGACCUGGAGCACUGCCUGCAGCCGUCUGCCAAGAUCUGUGAUGUCAUUUCCAAGUGGGAGCAGGCCCUAAAGGAGCUGCAUCCUGGGAAGAAUGAGGGGACGCGGAUAGUUCGUCUUACAUACAAAAGCAGGUUGUGUUUCAGAUCUCAGGUGAAAGGAGAGACGGACCGAGAGCGCCUCCUGCUGGCGUACCAGCUGAAUGACGAAGUUCAGCAAGGCCACUUCCCGGUCAACAAAGAGCUGGCUCUUGAGGUGGCCGCCCUCAUGGCACAGGUGGAACAUGGGGACUUGGAGAGACCAGCGUCCUCCUCUCCCACUGGCUCUCCUCAGCCGAAAUCUCAGCUGAUUCUCCUUCAGGCCUUGGAGCGUUUCUACCCCAAACGAUACAAACAAGACUGCAGCUCAGAGCAGCUCAGAGAUCUCACGGAGCGUCUGGCCACCAAGUGGUCUUUGCUGCGUGGGUGCAGUGCGCCUGAGUGUGUGAGAAUAUACCUGACCGUGGCUCGCAAAUGGCCGCUAUUUGGAGCCAAACUCUUCAGUGCAAAACCGCUCCCCCCCUCCCCCGUUGAGCAGAGCCAGGUGUGGCUGGCAGUCAAUGAAGAUGGAUUAUGUGUGCUGGACUAUGCAAUGCACACGCUGGUCACACACUCCUACAGCUCUGUGAUUACCUUCGGCGGCUGCCGUGAUGAUUUUAUGGUGGUGACGAGCCAGCAGAGGGACCCUGGAGUCGGGAAGAAGAGCGUGGAGAAGCUGCUCUUUGCGAUGGCCAAACCAAAGAUCCUGGAGCUGACUCUGCUCAUGGCCAGCUACAUCAACCACUGGAACCACAGCCUCCCGCCGGCCUCGCUGCAGCCCCCGGGCCACUGGGACGUGGACAGCAAACACUUCCCUGCCAUGAACUACACCACCAAGGGCCCCACGCUACUGUGAGCGCUGCAAGACAACACGCCGUUUAACUACAGGGAGGCCAGGCGCUUUUCAUGUGGAGGGGACGACGAGGACACGAGAUCAGGUCUUAUUAGACUAUUUAUUACUGCAACAAGUGUUUAUUUAGAUUUAAGAUUUGAAUGUUGAAAUUAAUGUUGAAAUGCGUCAGGGGUCUGAGGACCUAUUUACUCCCCGCAGCGGGAUCCAUGUAAUCUCCUGCCGUUACUUGCCUUCAUUCUAACAGUUCCCAUUUUUUCAGACCUCUUUGCUGUGGUAGGCUGUUGCCUCCUGCCAGCUGGGUGCACUGGAACACAGCGUAGUGUGUCGCUGCCUUUUAUACCACAAAGGGUCACUCAUUCUUAACAGUGCAUGAGUUUCAUUUCCGCUCCUUCGUGAGGUGCUGUGCAGUUAGAAAGGGGCUGGUAUAAGCAUGCAAUGUUCUCUAGAUCUAAUGAAAAACUAUUUGCAUUUUAGAUUCAUCUGAUGAUUAAUUUGUGAAUAACAUUAGGAAAUGCACGUCAGGAAAUACAAAGGUUGUCCAAAUCCUGAAGCCAUUUAAGUUGCUGUUGACUUGUUAUGAAGCCGUCUUACUGUGUAUGAGGCUCUGGAGAACCUGAGCGGGGAAGACUGUCCCACCCUGCUGCAGGGAAAUCAGGUUUCUAAAUAUUUUGGCCACAAGGAGUGCUAAAUUCAUCACUAAAAAAAUGUUUCUUACAGUAACUUUAACUUUGAUGUCAGUGGCUUUCAGAAAAAGAGCAAAUAUCUGCAUGUGGGAAGCCUGAAACCAAUAGGUUGUGUUUAAAAUGACUUGCGUUAUUAAGCGAUUAUCAGAUGAGAUGCAGAAUUAUUUUCUCUCAACUAAUUAAUUAACCGACAACUCUUACCUUGAUUCAAUUUGGAUUUUCUUCUUCUAAACGGGGGCAGUUUUUACCCCAUAUAAAUUAAGGCCCUAUCUAAGAAGCCCUUUUUAAUCCUUUUCUAUUGUUUUGCUUUUGUUGUUUAGCUCACUUAUCUACCGGAAUGCAAGUUAAAUAAAAUAAAAAAAGCGAUUGUGGUUGGUUAUUGAAGUGAUGUGACUGAGGUACACAAUACCCCGAUGGGGAAUGAAAGGCCCACAGACAGUGAUGUGUGUCUGAAGGGCCGAGCAGUGCAACAGGUCGCUGUGUUCAUUGUGCUGAUGGUCAUUAGACAUACAGCGUAUUCAUAAUCAGGUCCUCCAGUGUUUUAAUCAUCAUACAAAAGGAAGAGGACAAAUGAAAUGAAAAGGACUUGAACUGUUUUGGAUUAAACCACUUUCUUACUUGUGUCCAUAUUAGUUAUUUAUUUUUUACUGCUUUAUUUUUUGCUUAAAUGGAUUUCCUCAACUGUUAUGUUCAUAUGGGAAAACUUAGUUUCCUUCGUGUAGCAGAGUAAUUUAAAACCUGAAUACUCCUGGUUAUCUGUACUAGAAGGUGUUUAUGUGUAUUAAAUGUUGUGUGUGGUUAUAGAAUAAACUGGAUAAUCCUGUG